CACACACUCACACACACACACGGACCCCGCCGCUGCCACUGCAGCUACCAUGGAUAUCAGCUAACAACACACACCCAGGCGCGCGCGCGCUCCCACUCGCACCACGCAGGGGUGGCCCCCGGCAUCCCUACCCUCCUUCCCCACCCCCACCCCACUCGCUCACCAGCUCGGCUACUGCUCGCUCAGGCUGCCGCCGCCGCCGCCGCCGCCGCCGCCGCCGCCACAGCUCUCCUCUGCUGCGGGGCCACAGCCUUGAGUGUCAUUCAAGGGACAGCACAACCUCACCCAAGCUCUCCUACCUCUGCCCAGCCGUCCCUCUCAUCCUCCCCCUUCAUCAUCCACACUCCAUCCAAAGAAGAGGGAAAGCACCGAACAGAAGGGGGAGGAAGGCAAAGUCUGCUCUUCUCACCUCUUGGCCCCCUUGCUCCUCCAUCCUCGUUCUCUGACCACCAACUCCCCUACCCCAAAGGAACCCCUCAGGAGCUGAGGCGACUCACCCCACUGCCAUGUCCAAAAGCUUGAAAAAGAAAAGCCACUGGACUAGCAAAGUCCACGAGAGUGUCAUUGGCAGGAACCCGGAGGGCCAGCUGGGCUUUGAACUGAAAGGGGGCGCCGAGAACGGACAGUUCCCCUACCUGGGGGAGGUGAAGCCCGGCAAGGUGGCCUAUGAGAGCGGCAGCAAGUUGGUGUCGGAGGAGCUGCUGCUGGAAGUGAACGAGACCCCCGUGGCGGGGCUCACCAUCAGGGACGUGCUGGCCGUGAUCAAACACUGCAAGGACCCCCUCCGACUCAAGUGUGUCAAACAAGGAGGAAUUGUUGAUAAGGAUCUUCGUCACUACCUCAACUUACGAUUUCAGAAGGGUUCUGUGGACCACGAACUUCAGCAAAUCAUUCGUGACAACCUCUACCUCCGCACGGUGCCAUGCACCACAAGGCCACAUAAGGAGGGUGAGGUCCCUGGAGUGGACUAUAUUUUCAUCACCGUUGAAGAUUUUAUGGAAUUGGAGAAAAGUGGGGCUCUCCUAGAAAGUGGGACUUAUGAAGACAAUUACUACGGCACGCCAAAGCCUCCAGCAGAACCAGCACCAUUAUUAUUAAAUGUGACAGACCAGAUACUUCCGGGAGCCACUCCAAGUGCUGAAGGAAAACGGAAGAGGAAUAAAUCAGUGAGCAACAUGGAGAAAGCAAGUAUAGAGCCUCCUGAGGAGGAGGAGGAAGAAAGGCCUGUGGUCAAUGGAAAUGGAGUAGUAGUAACACCAGAAUCCAGUGAACAUGAAGACAAGAGUGCAGGUGCCUCAGGGGAGACACCCUCCCAGCCUUAUCCUGCACCAGUGUACAGUCAGCCCGAGGAGCUGAAGGAGCAGAUGGAUGAUGCAAAACCAACUAAGCCUGAAGAGAAUGAGGAGUCAGACCCAUUGCCUGAUAACUGGGAAAUGGCCUAUACAGAGAAGGGUGAAGUCUACUUCAUUGACCAUAACACAAAGACAACAUCAUGGCUGGAUCCACGACUUGCGAAAAAGGCUAAACCUCCAGAAGAGUGCAAAGAGAAUGAGCUUCCAUAUGGCUGGGAAAAAAUUGAUGAUCCCAUAUAUGGCACUUAUUAUGUUGACCACAUAAAUAGAAGAACACAGUUUGAAAACCCCGUCCUGGAAGCAAAAAGGAAGCUACAGCAGCAUAACAUGCCCCACACAGAACUUGGAACAAAGCCCCUGCAGGCCCCGGCUUUCCGAGAAAAACCACUCUUCACCCGGGAUGCAUCCCAAUUGAAGGGAACAUUCCUCAGCACCACCCUAAAAAAGAGCAACAUGGGUUUUGGAUUCACCAUCAUUGGUGGAGAUGAGCCUGAUGAGUUUCUGCAGGUGAAAAGUGUGAUUCCAGAUGGGCCUGCAGCACAGGAUGGGAAAAUGGAAACAGGUGAUGUCAUUGUCUAUAUUAAUGAAGUUUGUGUCCUUGGACAUACUCAUGCAGAUGUAGUCAAACUUUUCCAGUCUGUUCCUAUUGGUCAGAGCGUCAACCUGGUGUUGUGUCGUGGCUACCCUUUGCCCUUUGAUCCUGAAGAUCCUGCUAACAGCAUGGUGCCACCCCUUGCAAUAAUGGAGAGGCCACCUCCAGUGAUGGUCAAUGGAAGACAUAACUAUGAAACAUAUUUGGAAUACAUUUCUCGGACCUCACAGUCAGUUCCAGAUAUAACAGAUCGGCCGCCUCAUUCUUUGCACUCAAUGCCAGCUGAUGGUCAACUAGAUGGCACGUAUCCACCACCCGUCCAUGACGACAAUGUGUCUAUGGCUUCAUCGGGGGCCACCCAAGCUGAACUUAUGACCUUAACCAUUGUGAAAGGUGCCCAGGGCUUUGGCUUCACUAUUGCUGACAGUCCUACAGGACAGCGGGUGAAACAAAUACUUGACAUUCAGGGAUGCCCUGGCCUGUGUGAAGGCGACCUCAUUGUUGAGAUCAACCAGCAGAAUGUACAGAACCUGAGCCAUACAGAAGUAGUGGAUAUACUUAAGGACUGUCCCAUUGGAAGUGAGACUUCUUUGAUUAUCCAUCGAGGAGGUUUCUUUUCUCCAUGGAAAACUCCAAAGCCUAUAAUGGACCGCUGGGAGAAUCAAGGCAGUCCUCAAACGAGUUUAUCUGCUCCGGCCAUACCACAGAACCUGCCCUUCCCACCCGCCCUUCACAGGACUUCCUUUCCUGACUCAGAGGCCUUUGACCCAAGGAAGCCUGACCCAUAUGAGCUCUACGAGAAAUCUAGAGCGAUUUAUGAAAGUAGGCAACAAGUGCCACCAAGGACCAGUUUUCGAAUGGAUUCCUCUGGUCCAGAUUAUAAGGAGCUGGAUGUUCACCUUCGCAGGAUGGAGUCUGGAUUUGGCUUCAGAAUCCUCGGGGGAGAUGAGCCUGGGCAGCCUAUUUUGAUUGGCGCGGUCAUUGCCAUGGGUUCAGCCGACAGAGACGGCCGCCUGCACCCAGGAGACGAGCUUGUCUAUGUCGACGGGAUUCCAGUGGCUGGCAAGACCCACCGCUAUGUCAUCGACCUGAUGCACCAUGCAGCCCGAAAUGGGCAGGUCAACCUCACUGUGAGAAGGAAGAUGCUCUGUGGAGGGGAGCCCUGCCCAGAGAACGGGAGGAGUCCAGGCUCUGUGUCAACCCACCACAGCUCCCCACGCAGUGACUACGCCACCUACACCAACAGCAACCACGCUGCCCCCAGUAGCAAUGCCUCUCCACCUGAAGGCUUCGCCUCCCACAGCCUGCAGACCAGUGAUGUGGUCAUUCACCGCAAAGAGAACGAAGGCUUCGGCUUUGUCAUCAUCAGCUCCCUGAACAGACCUGAGUCUGGAUCCACUAUCACUGUGCCCCAUAAAAUCGGACGCAUCAUCGAUGGGAGUCCCGCAGAUCGUUGUGCAAAACUGAAAGUGGGAGACCGGAUCUUGGCAGUGAACGGCCAGUCCAUCAUCAACAUGCCUCAUGCAGACAUCGUGAAGCUCAUCAAGGACGCAGGUCUCAGUGUCACCCUCCGCAUCAUUCCUCAGGAGGAGCUCAACAGCCCAGCCUCGGCGCCCAGCUCAGAGAAGCAGAGCCCGAUGGCCCAGCAGAGUCCUCUGGCCCAGCCAAGCCCGGCCACCCCCAACAGUCCUGUUGCCCAACCAGCUCCUCCUCAGCCACUUCAGCCACAAGGACAUGAAAAUAGUUACAGGUCAGAAGUGAAAGCGAGGCAAGAUGUGAAACCAGACAUCCGACAGCCUCCGUUCACAGACUACAGGCAGCCGCCGCUGGACUACAGGCAGCCCCCGGGUGGGGACUACCAGCAACCCCCACCCUUGGACUACAGGCAGCCUCCCCUGCUGGACUACAGGCAGCACUCCCCGGACACCAGGCAAUACCCUCUGGCGGACUACAGGCAGCCCCAGGAUUUUGAUUAUUUCACUGUGGACAUGGAGAAAGGAGCCAAAGGAUUUGGAUUCAGCAUUCGUGGAGGAAGAGAAUACAAAAUGGAUUUGUACGUGUUGAGAUUGGCAGAAGAUGGGCCCGCAAUAAGGAAUGGAAGGAUGAGGGUAGGAGAUCAAAUCAUCGAAAUCAAUGGGGAGAGCACAAGGGACAUGACACACGCCAGAGCAAUAGAACUCAUCAAGUCGGGAGGAAGAAGGGUCCGUCUCCUGCUGAAACGUGGGACGGGGCAGGUCCCGGAGUAUGACGAGCCCAGCUGCUGGAGUUCUGCCGCCGCCGCCUCCCCAGGCCUGCCGGAAGUAGGCGUCUCCCUCGAAGACGUCCUCCCUCCAUUCUCUCCAUCACAUCCAGCCCCACCCUCCGACCCUUCCCACCAGAUAGGCCCAGACCCAGCUUGGGAUGUCAAAAGGGAGCACGACGUUAGGAAACCAAAGGAGCUUUCAGCCGGCGGCCAGAAGAAGCAGCGCCUCGGGGAGCAGAGGGAGCGCUCGGCGAGCCCGCAGAGGGCCGCCCGGCCGAGGCUCGAGGAGGCACCCGGCGGCCAGGGGCGGCCCGAGGCCGGCAGGCCCUCCUCGGAGGCCAGGGCGCCCGGGCCCGCGGCGGCGGCGGACGCGGCGGACGCGGCGCGGCCCGGCGGGAAGGAGGCGCCCCGCGCCGCGGCGGGCCCCGAGCUCGGCCGGCGCGAGGGCCGCGGGGCCGCGCCUGCGUGCGCGGGCCCGGGCCGUGGCGGUGGCGCCGAGCGGCCCGGCGCGCGGGAGGCCGAGGGCCGGGCGGGCGCGCGCGCGGGGCCCCGAGGGCCGGGCGCGCGGCCCGCGGGGCCCGCCCCGCCGCGCAGGGCCGCCGUGGCGCCCGGGCCUUGGAAAGUGCCCGGCUCCGACAGGCUGCCGGGCGUCCUGAAGCCCGGCGCCUCGGCUGCGGGCAGAUGAGGCGCGCGGCAGCGGCCCGCCGCCCCGCCUGGACGCCUGCAGGCCGUUCGUCCUAGGUUCCGUCUCACGGCGUUUUAAUUUAUUUUCACUGUCACACGCGUAGAUCCACGAGCCACCGAGGCCUGGGAGCAUCGACGUGAAGUCCCACGUGUCCGGCGAGCAUGGGCGGUACAGCGUCCACGCGCAGACCCAAACUGAUGCUAAAGGCCCCGGUUCCAUUGGGGGGGCUUGGGCAGCUAUGGAAGAACCAAAAUAACGUGAAGAACAUCAGAGAGAGACAGUGCAGUGUAGCUUUAGUUAAAAAAAAAAAAAAGAAGAGGAAGGAAGAAAGAAAAAAAAAAAAUUUACCCCCACUGCAUGAAGGAUUUGGAUGCCAUCCAAACUCUAAUAUCAAGAAACUGGACAAGUUAAGAGCAAUCACGAACUGGAAUAUCGCCUUAAAAAUCAAACUGCACGGAGCAAGCGGAAACUGAGACAAGAUUAUAUCUUUUAAUUGAUCUAAAGAGUUGUAAAUAAAUUGUUCUCGACAUAUCUAGACAGGGGUUAAAAGGUUUCUUUGAAACAUUCGGAACUGUUCGCCCGUAACAUGUUUCCAUGGCUCACCCGUGGCAUCCAUCACCGGUAUUAGCAGCAACGUUCCCUGCAUACUGCAGGACGAGUUAGAAAUCUAGUGAAUUCAUUGGUGUGAUGCCAUUUUUACUGCCAUUUCUGUGAUCAAAUCAUAUUUCUGUACAUUUUCAGUGGUAGAAAAAAAAAAAGGUUUAAAAACAUUGUAUCUUAGGGAGCAGAUUGCCGUAAGUCAGAAUUUUGCAGUUUAGCUCAUAGAUCUUAAUUGGUUUUCAUCUAAAAUGUGCAUUUUAUAAUUGAAGGACCACAAUUUGUUCAGUCAAGAUUGGCAACGCUGCAGUUCCUUUAUGAAAAGGCUUUCCUAUUGUCUCAGGCUAGCAAAGAUAGUAGCUUCUUUGACACUUACUGUCUUUUUUAAAAUCCUCUUUCCGUUACUUCAUUUUCACUUUGACAGAGCAAAGGGUUUCUCCUAUAUUUCUCAGAUUAUAAUGAAUCCCUAAUAUUAAAAAAUCUUAUAAUGGCCAAUUUAUUUUCAUAAAAGAAUGUAAACCUUUUAGCGUUCUUUUCUGCUUUAUCUUUCCUUAUCCUUUCUCCUUUUAUUUUCAUUUGGUUUGCUUGUCUUUGUAUUCUUUGCCAUUUUUUAAAUUUCUUUAGCAACCUCUAGAUGUUUCUGUUUAUCUUCCGUGGAUCUGUGGUUGAUCCCCUACUAAAAUUCUAAGGCUUGCCUUUCUUCCCUGCCCUUUUAAUAUUCCUUUGUAAAAUGUUACCUUCAGUUAAUUAUCCAUUGGUACUUAUUUGUAGCUACACAUAUUAAAAGGCAAACUGUUUCUGAGGGCAGUUUCUCUUUAAUUUGUCCUGAAUGAAUGAGGUUUCAUCCUUCCCAGAUGCUGGCCCUUACAGGAGUUCAAAUGCAAAUAAGCCUCACCUCCCUGAACUUGUAGUCAAAUAAGUAGAACGGGAGAUCAAGUCCAUCACCCAAGGUCACACAUAAUAGCCUCCCUCCGUUGACUCUUUGCUUCUCUGUAAAUUGCAGUAACCUGAGCGCUAGCCAUUUAAUUUCCAUCAGGCAUAGGAGUAGUUUAGUUGUUUGACAAGAGGAGAAAAUGGUUGAAAGCCUCAAGUGAAGAAUCUUGCAGCUUGUAAAAGCAAUUUCCAAAAAUGGAAUCCAUUCAUCAUAAACAAAAGCACAAACAAACACAUGUAGCAGUUUACAAUACUUUUGGUUUAAUCUCAAUUAGUCUUUCUCCCCUGGACUAGAAAUCCAGUAUAGUUUGCCAUUAAUUUAUUGAAUCUGGUUUUGGACAAUGCUUCUGUAGUGUAGCUGCACGUCCCAGUACUGUAUCCUCUGACCUUUAUUUUCCAUGUGUUACAAAAGGAUAAAAAAGUUGAGAUUACGCUUGCAUAAACUCUAAUUUGCACAGUUCACAGUCUACUACUUGUGCAGUAAUUGCUUUAUGCGGCUGUAAUCCAUAACCUGUGAAGACAGCACAUCAUCUAAAUUCCAUUCCAAAUAAUAUUUCUGUGUAGUGUUAGCUGUGAAUUUACCCUGUACAGCUGUAUCUCUAUAAAUAUAAUUCCAUGUAUUAAUAGUCACAGAAAGACUGUAAGUGAGCAACUAUUUUUAUGAAACGCACCACUAUGGAUAAAUUAACUUUUACAGAAAUCUUGUUUACUGUAUGAUAUUCUAAAACACUGUCAAAUAAAAUAUAUAUCCAAAAUCCUUUUCUUUUUCCAACUA